AUGAUUACAUUUUUCUCUAAUAUACCAGUAUUUAAAGAUGAAAAAAGUUUAGAUAUACCAACAUUUUUACAUUUAUCUACAAUGAUUUGUGAAUUUUUCGGUUUAUGGGAUUCAAGAUUCAUUCUCCUAAAAAAUGAUGUGGAUGGGAAUAUUAAAAAAGUGUCACGUGCAUCUAACAAUCUACAUGUGAAUACAUUAUAUGAAUUAUUGGCCAAUGAGACUAAUCGUGAUGACUCAUCCGGAUCAGUUGGUUUAUUAUGGUUAAAGCGCACAUUGCAAUUUGUUAUUCGUUUACUGCUUCAUCUUGCUAAAUCAAAAAGUACUGAAUCAAUGCGUGAUAUUAUUAUAAAAGCUUAUGAUGAAACACUGAUAAGGCAUCAUAAUAAACUAAUGAAUUAUGCAUUUCGUUUUGUUCUACGUGCUGUUCCCAAACGAUCAGUAUUUAUCAAGAAAAUGGCAUUAGAACAAGAUGAUUGUGAAUUACUUCUAAGUCUAUUGGCGGGAGCGGCCUUACGGAAUACGCUUUUCAGUAGUGGAGCUAUGAGCGAUGAGGUUGGGGCUCUUGUUUUCGAUUUUGGGUCGUUUUCUCUAAGGGGUGGUUUCGCCGGAGAAGACAACCCUAAGGUUGAUAUACCAUCUACUCUUGGUAUUAUUGGGAAUGAAGAAGGUCUACCAGCUAAGCGGGUUGCAGGUCACAAUAUUCUGGUUCCUCGCAAGGGAACAGACCUUCAAUCAUUUCUGAAAGAUGGGCUAAUUGAUGAUUGGGAUGCUUUUGAGGAUGUGAUGAGCUACAUGCUAAGUUAUUUAACACCUGAAGAAGCGAGCCAUCACCCUAUACUCUUUUCCGAACCCUCAUGGAAUACAAAGUCCAAACGAGAAAAAACUGCCGAAAUAUUGUUUGAAAAGUUCAAAGUUCCAGCAUUUUACAUAGCCAAAAAUGCUGCUCUCACCUGUUUUGCAAAUGGUCGGCACACAGGUUUGGUUCUAGACUGUGGAGCCAUACACACAUCUGCUGUUCCUGUGUACGACGGUUUGGUUUUAACACAAGAGCUUAUCCGUUCCCCAUUGGCUGGUGAUUUUAUCGUCCAGCAAGCACAGAGGUUACUUCUGGAUGAACUAAAAAUGGAAAUUGUCCCGUAUUAUCGCGUAGCGUCCAAGGAACCUGUUAAUGAGCGUGAACCGGCAAAAUGGAAGGAACGACCAAAUCUCCCACCUGUCUCUUCAUCAUAUGAAAACUAUAUGUUGAAAUGUCUAAUCCAAGAUUUCGUGGCAUCUGUUCUACAAGUCUCUGAAGAUCGAUAUGAUCAAAGUCAAGCGGAUACUUUUCCAAUGGUCGGUUAUGAAUUCCCGAAUGGAUUCAAUUUUGAAUUGGGUCAUGAACGCUUUCAAAUCCCUGAAGCGUUGUUUGACCCAUCAAUCCUACUAGAAGCUGGCGGCAGUUCAAUGUUGUCAAUGAGUCACAUUGUAGCUAGUAGUAUUAGUUUAUGUGACAUUGAUAUUCGACCUAGCUUAUACAGUAAUGUCAUUGUUGUUGGUGGAAAUAGUUUAAUCACUGGAUUCACCGAACGUUUACAACGUGAUUUGAAUAUUAAAACACCACCGAGUAUGCGAUUAAGUUGGAUUGGCGGUUCCAUCCUAGGUUCUUUGGGUACAUUCCAACAAAUGUGGAUAUCCAGUCAAGAGUAUAAUGAAUUAGGCAAAGGAUGUGUGGAUAAAAAAUGUGCGUAA